AUGUUCUAGAAACAAUAUAAAUAUUCAUAAUAAAGGAAACAAUAAAAUUUAUUAUUUAAAUUAAAUGAUUAGAAUACCAUAAUUAACUUGAAGAGCUUCGAAUUCUUACCAUAGAGAAAAAAGAGUAUGGGCUAGAAUUAUUCAAUUAAUUAGGGGUUUAAUAUUACUAUUAUUAGCCAUGAGAUUUAUAAUAAAUAUAUGAUGAAAAAGAGAAAGCGAUAAAUCGUAAUAAACUGAUUUUCAUAGGCAGUAGGUUAGGGAGAGUUUCCAUACAAUUUAGUUUUAAAUGAUCACCCUACAAAUAAUAAUAACAGACAGAUAUAAGGUAGACAAUCAGCAUUCAUAAUAAUAUUUAACCUUUAAUAGAAAAUGUAACGAAUGAAUUUUUUUUGAAAAAGUGUUAAAACCUUAAAGUGGUUGAUAGUGAAG